AUGAAGGAUGUGCUGGUGUCAUCGAAGGCUCGGUUCGUUGAGUAUUACAUAAAUUUAUUUCAUCAUCUUAACUCCCGUUUCACAAAAGGUGAUUCCAUGUCCGCGUUUAAAGCAUUCUUUGUGGAAGAACAGAGAAUUUUAUCCAGUCUUACUAAUGGCUUGAAUGAUGACGUAUUACUUCAGAAGGUUGUUGAUGUUUUACAAAAAUGUGAGUUUUUCCUGGAUAGUCUUUACCCAAAUAGUUUGGUGGAAAUUGAACUCUUAUACGAGUCGGCUCUGUCCAAGGUAUCCGACGGUAACUUCGAUAAAGAUUUUGCGGGACUGUAUACAAGUAAACAAUUCUAUGCAACAACUUUUGUUAGCAGAACAAUUUCCGUGUUACCCCCAGAAGACCAUGAAACAAGCAGAAAAAUUUCGCUUUUGCCUGUUUCUGUUCAAGGGAAGUUUCUGUGUUAUAAGGGCAUUUAUGAAUUGUCUAAUGGCGGUGGGGAAACUGCUGCCCAAAGCAUUGAAGAUGGUUUGCUUCAAUUAAGUAACGAGUCAGAACAUGUCAUUCUCAAGAUUUUGGCCUUUCAAUUUUUGACCAUCUAUUACAAGUGUACUGGCAAUUCUGUAAGGUGUGAACAGUAUCGUGUAAAGGCAGUUGAAACUUGUGCAAUAAAUUCAGCAUUUCUGUUGCUACCUCUUUUUGGAAAGCCCUGGAUAAACGGAAAAGAGCUCGAUGCUACUUUUUCCAGUAAUCAACCAUUAAUAGCUUGGGCGAUUGCACGACUUAGCUUAUGGACAAGAAAUUAUCCUUGGGCAGAGUUGGAUACAGAAUUGGGAAAUAUGUUAUAUGAGUUUUCAAAGCAAAUCAGUAGAUUGUUUAUACUGGUUUGGACGGCAGAAGUAUGCACUUUGCUCCAGUUAUGUGACAUGGCGUACAUUCAUCUUCGUAUUUCGGGUAACUCGUCAGAUGUUGAGACAACCAUUAAAGGUAUACAAAAGGAUGUAGAAAAUAUGGAAGACGAACGAUAUAAAAAUGCCAAAGAUGUGGAACGGCUACUGUUGGAACGGCUACUGUUGCUUCGCGAGAGACUAGCAACAUAUUACCACACUAUCACUGUGCAGCGAUUUGGAAAAGGAGAAUCAGUGCUUGAAUUCUUCUUGAAAGAACUUGAAAUUCGGCAACAACUUCCACUGGAUGCAAAACUAGCGGAAUGCUACAGAUGUGUUGGAAGAGAGCAAAAUUCAAGACAACAAUACAGAUCGGCUCUAGAGUCGUAUAAAUGUGCUCUGCAAACUUUACAAGAGCUUCACGGUGAGAUACACGCAGAAGUUGCAACUUCAUACUACAACAUUGGAGUUGUACAAGAUAACAUUGGAGACAGUGAAUCAUCCCUCCAGUCUUACUUUUGUGCUUUGAAAAUUAGUUUAGGACUUUAUAGUGGUCGUCAUCCGCAUGCGUUAAUGAUACAAGAGCGAAUAAAUCGCCACCCAUUUUGCCUUUUGGCACGUGGCAAAGAAGAACAUUGUGGAGAAAAUACAACCCAUAUGAAUGACGUUGCGCCAACAAAAUGUUUGUCGGCUUUAAAAGGCAAGACAUUAACACCUACGAAUGCUUUAUCCUAUCACAAGCAAAAUACGGAAAUAAAUCCAGCAUCCGAGUUAUACCGAGUUCUCAGAGGGAAUAAACAGCAUAGUGAAACUGUCCAAUGUUGUUUUUUCGCCUACUACUUGUAA